AUGGAGGAGGGGAACACCGAGCCUCUUACCCUACCAGUAACGCUGGUGGGCCUCUUUCUUUUCAAUAACAGUCAUGCCUUUGAAAGAUGGUCUAGAAACAACGGAUUUAGUGUCUGGUCUUACACCCAGCGUCAGACACUCAUUUGGAUUUUACGUGCCUUCCCCCAGAAUGUAUUCUCGGCCGCCGUGGAGGCCGGUGUAACCCAGGUUACCGGGUUAGAGGAAUGCUGUGCUACAUUAUCCAAACUUCUUAUAAUCAGGAGGGGCAGACACUUGCAAGAGAGUUCUAUCGCUACCAAAAUAUGGGUGAAUUUGAGGAAGAAUUCGAGAAAAACUCUCAACUUUCAUCGAAACGAGGUAUAUGGGGCUCACUUUAAUCCAGAGUCUCUGGACAGAUAA